AUGGAGAGCGAUACGGGCGAGGAGGAGGAUGGUGGUGAUCGCGUGGAGCUAUCGCAGAGCGUGGCGCAGCAGCGCCUGGCCGCUCUGGUCGGGAAGGGUAAGAAGCCGGCGCACCGAUCAAGCGCGGAGGCUGGUACCUCUCAUGCGCAUGAACCACCACCCCCUCCGGCUAGGCAACCGCGACGCCCGCGAAUACAACCUAUGACUACGGUCAACCAUUCUCGAGCUCCGUCCCCGACGCGCACAAACACGGAGGCCCGACCGACGUCGACUGUCGACCCGUCGCCCGCUGCGCCAAUUCCGCUAGGCUACCCCUAUAAUCUGCCCCCGCCUCCAGAACCUUCGUCGCCUCGCACCACGCGCCAGCUGAUGUUGCGCACGGAGAUGUCGGAAAGCGUACGCCAGAACCUGCUUUGGUCACGGCAAUUGGCAAGACGUGAUAAUAUGGGGCCGCCACGGACGCGGAGUGGCAUCCUCGAGCAGCCUCCAGCGCGGCCCACCAUUGCCGCGCAACCGAGCGUCGUCCGCUUAACCGCCCCGCGGCAGCAGGACCCGGCCGAGCAGCAGCAGGAGCAGGAAGACAUUCGUCGCGAGAUGCGCCUUGCGCGUAACCGCACCUGGGCGGGCGACGAGUUCCACCAGACGGGUUGGUGGUGA